AUGGAGAUCGCGCUGGUGACUUUGGAGAACGGCGGCACCACGGCCAUCGCGGGCGGCGACGAUGCCACGGCCGCAGGCGGCCGGGCGCGCUGGCGGGGCAACUUGCUGCACCUCGCCGGCUCGCCGCAGCUGAGCGACGGCAAGGAGAACGCCCCGCCGCCGCCGCCGCCGCCGCCCGCGGGGGACGAGGAGUGGGAGCGGCCCCCGCCGGGUCCCCGCGCAGGAGGCGGCGGCGGCGCGGGCGGCCCCGACGAGCGGCCGGCGGAGCUCCGCGCGGCCCUCACGCCGCCGCCGCGGCCGCCGCCCCGCGCCCCGCGCCCCGCCGCGGACAUGGGGCCGUCCGAGGAAGGGGGACACCGCCGGGGCAUGGCCAUGGCUGCGGCGGGCGACGAGGAGGAGGAGGCGGCGGCGGCCAACCCGGGCGCCAUGCACCACCAGCGGGUGCUGAUCAACAUCUCGGGGCUGCGAUUCGAGACGCAGCUGGGCACCCUCAACCAGUUCCCCGACACGCUGCUGGGGGACCCCGACAAGCGCAUUCGCUACUUCGACCCGCUCCGGAACGAGUACUUCUUCGACCGCAACCGGCCCAGCUUCGACGGCAUCCUCUACUUCUACCAAUCCGGGGGCAAGCUCCGCCGGCCCGUCAAUGUCUCCAUCGACGUCUUCGCCGACGAGAUCCGCUUCUACCAGCUGGGUGAGGAGGCCAUGGAGCGCUUCCGGGAGGACGAGGGCUUCAUCAAAGAGGAGGAGAAGCCCCUGCCCCGCAAUGAGUUCCAGCGCCAGGUCUGGCUCAUCUUUGAGUACCCCGAGAGCUCCAGCUCAGCCCGGGCCAUCGCCAUCGUCUCUGUGCUGGUCAUCCUCAUCUCCAUCAUCACCUUCUGCCUGGAGACCCUGCCCGAGUUCAGGGACGAGAGGGAGAUGCCCGUACCUCUGCCCCCACAAGGUGGAGGUUUGAAUGGCACGCCCGGGGACUCCCCACCCAUGCAACCACCCAGUAGCCUGGCUGACCCUUUCUUCAUCAUCGAGACCACCUGUGUGAUCUGGUUCACCUUUGAGCUCCUCGUGCGCUUCUUUGCCUGCCCCAGCAAGCCUGAGUUCUCCCGCAACAUCAUGAACAUCAUUGACAUCGUGGCCAUCAUCCCCUACUUCAUCACCCUGGGCACCGAGCUGGCCCACGAGCAGCAGCAGCCCGGGACUGGCAGUAGCAAUGGGGGUGGGGGCCAGCAGCAAGCCAUGUCUCUGGCCAUCCUGAGAGUCAUCCGCCUGGUCAGAGUCUUCAGGAUCUUCAAGCUCUCCAGGCACUCCAAGGGGCUGCAGAUCUUGGGACAGACUUUGAAAGCCAGCAUGAGGGAGCUGGGCCUCCUCAUCUUCUUCCUCUUCAUCGGGGUGAUCCUCUUCUCCAGCGCUGUCUACUUUGCUGAGGCUGAUGACCCCGAGUCUCAUUUCUCCAGCAUCCCUGAUGCUUUCUGGUGGGCUGUGGUAACCAUGACUACUGUGGGCUAUGGGGACAUGAGACCUGUCACUGUAGGGGGCAAGAUUGUGGGCUCCUUGUGUGCCAUCGCUGGUGUGCUCACCAUUGCCCUCCCUGUCCCUGUCAUUGUGUCCAACUUCAACUACUUCUACCACCGAGAGACUGACCACGAAGAGCAGGCUAUCCUCAAAGAUGAACACAGUAGUGCUCAGGGUAGCACUGCGGGGGGAGAAGAGAAGAGAAGACCCAGUAAAAACUCUCUGAACAAAUCUGUUGUGCACUUGGAAAACAGUGAGGAGUUCAACAAUGGCACCAGCUCCUUAGAAAAAGCAAAUAUCAAAGCAAAAAGUAAUGUAGAUCUCAGAAAAUCCCUCUAUGCUCUCUGUCUGGACACCAGUAGGGAAACAGACCUGUGAGGAGAGGAGACAGUUAGAGUUCAGAGGGGCAGAAGGAUUUUCUGGUGUCAGAAACUUGCUACUAUAAUUACUCUUUUAGUACCAAUUAGUUUUUUAAGUCAGGCUGUAUUUUAUAAAUUGAUUGCUGUCCUGAGCAGUCCUACAGGAAUACAUGUUUUUGUGUUCUUUUUCCAUGACACAAAGGGUCACCUAUUUUUAAAAUAGACUAAGCUACACUCCAUAAUGCAGGAGCUGGUAAAUUAUGACAGUGAAAAAUCUAAUUUGUAGAAACUUAUUUUAGCAAAUGGUCAUUGGUUUCGAAUGGGUAAUUUGUAACCAAUUCAGUUCCUCCGAGUUUAGUGUAAAGAACUGGGGGGAUGUGUGUGUAGAGAAUGAAUGGAUUGGGGAUGGAAGGGAGGAGGUUGAGGGGUUUUGUAUUAUAGUUUCAAACUGAAAUUAUUCAAUUAUAUUUUGUAUCUGUAUGACUGUAUUUAUGGUUGAAAGGAGAUUUCUUAUUCCUGUGAAAUAUGAUAUCAUUAAAGCACUAGGAAAAUUAGCAAAUCAGCACUUUCUGAGUUUUGCACUAGUGAUCAGCACAGAUCUGGUUAUCUUGUAUGUGAAGUGAACUUGGUGCUUUGAACCCUAGAGCAGAAAACUUCUGUUGUCAUUGAUAUGUUAGUUUCUUGUGAUCCUUAAAUUAUUAAAUAUUGCAGAUAUACCUCUUCAUAAAUAAUUUUAUUAGUUACCUUCCUGUUUCAGAAUUUCUAAGUCAUUCAGUCAUGUGCUUACAGGCCCCACUCAAAAAAGUACGUGCAGCUUUUCCUUUUUUUUUUUUUUGUGGUUUUACAGUUUUGUAUCUUUGUUGUAUUGUUGAGACCUAAAGAAAAAAAAAUACACUGUUCUGCUGUUACUGGUUUAAAUCUAGUGCACAACAAAUCUAAAGUGAUCUGAACAGAUUUUCAAGUGCACAACAGAUCAAAAACACAAGGGAGUGGAUAGGCACAAUAAGAAAGUAGAAUAUUGAGUGUAAUAUCUGCAGAACUGUUUUCAUUGUACACUCCAGAUUCCUUGAGCUUGUGUAUCAGUCACCUUUAUGUUUGCACACACCAUUUGUGUACACAGUUCUCUGGUUUUAGUUCUCUCAGACUGGGAGUGGAUGGCACUUCAGGAGUCAAACGUGGCGUGCUGUGCUGCUUCAACAACCAUUGUGUGGCUUUUCUCUUGGACACAGAUGAAAAGCACCAUCUUUUCAUCAAAACACACCCCUGGUUUCUUGUAUUUCCAAACAAAACCUUCUCAGUGCUGUGGAUUUUACAGUUGAAGUAUUGUUGAGAGACGAGUGACACCUUGCCUUCAUCAGGAUCACAGCUAACUCUGAAGACCGACAAAAAGUUGCUCCUUUAGCUCAAAGAGCUUUCUUACCAUUUCUCUUGCAAAGGACAUCUCUGUUUCGCCCUCCAGCUUCUGUUGUAUUGCUGAAGGAUGUUCCAUGCCUUUCCCGCAUCCUGUGGCACACCAAGAGUAGCAGAGAAGAGAAGGCUUGAUUGUCAGCAUCGCUCAAGAGUGACCUGGAGCUCAAGCAGGAGUGAUGUUCUCCAGACAGCUCUCCACGGCUUCCCUAAGACACCAGUGAGCCACGAGACUGAGGCAGAAAUUCCAGUGUGGGGAGGGUGUGAGUCAUGAGAUGACACUGACCAUUAGGAAGACACUGCUGCAGAGUCUGAAACCAAACCAGCCUAUUCCUUGUUCUCAAGUCAUCUUGGGUUAGAAGCUGCUGAAAAACUUCCUUCUGGAUAAAUAACUGUGAUGUCCCCAUCAUCCCCAGAAUUGGAUUCCUUCACUGGGAUUGCUGAAACACUGGUCUGCUCCAAGGUUUCUCUCAUAGAAGAAUAGUUCAGCUUCACAACAGGAGUGAGAAAAGUUUAAAUGCUUUAGGGCUCACUCCCAGGCACAAGACUUUAUUCUUUGAGCUUUUGCUUGGAAAUAAAUUGAGUUCUUGUCGUAGAUUGGGCAUCUUAUCCCCUGCUUCUUACAUAUCAAACUUUCUCAUAAUUCUGGAAGAUUUAAGUGUUUGUUCUCUUUCUUUUAUUGGCGUUCGUCUUUAUUUAUUUUGUAUUCUUGAGAUGUGCUGUAUCUCUGGAGUUUGUAUUUCUACUUUUACCAUAAAAAUGCUGUACAUACAAGUCUAGAAUGCAUCUGAAGAUUAGUCUAAUUUUUCAUGUGACUUUGACUUGAACAUUUUUCUGUUUAUGUUUAUAUUGCUAUUUCAAAUAUGUUCAUUACCUGUAUUCUUUAUGCCUGUUCCCCAUCUCUCUAACUCAAUAAAAUAAUGUUCCCAUUCUUCAGAACCAUGUCCCGUGUGCGUGACAGUGAUAACAGUUUCUGAAUAAUAAUGACUGAUAAUUUAAAAUGUGCUAAUCUAUAUUUAUAUCUGUUUCUAUGUCUAUAUGUGUCUGUCACAGCC